CCUCUCAGCACUAUGCGCAUUGUAAAGCUGGUAUGUUCAUUGCCGUUCUCGUCGCGUUAGCUUUUCUCAUCGCCUGGCUAAUACACGCAGUCGUGAGCAGCGACGGCCUGGACGACACCAUGGAUGCUCGCGGACCACCCGGGGGCAAUGUUUGGGCGUGGCGUGCAGCAGAGGCUGCUGCGGAGCGCAAUUGGUGGGAUGUCAUCAACGAUCGGCAGCCCAAAGAGGAGGAGAUAGCGGACUGGCUUAACGAAAUGGACUCAGCCGAUUUCAACGAUAUAACGCAGCAAUCGGAGAGACUCCUCAGCUGCGCCUGCCUUCAUUGCGGCGACCUCAUUCCCGCGACUAAGACAUGCGGCAAUUGCAAGCUCGCGGCAUACUGCUCCCGUGACUGCCAGCAGCGGCACUGGCCCCGCCACCGACCCCGCUGCGCGCAGCUGCAGGCGGCUGCCAAGGAGCGAGGCGGGCAGCGGCCGCCACAGCCGCCUCCGGACCCACCCCUGGUGCUGCCCGCCUCGCAGCUGUUGUUCAGCCACGAGGGCUACUGGUGGCUGCUGCAGGCGCACCGGGCGGCAGUGGAAGCGGCGGUGUCGACGGUAGGGGCGGAGGACGGAAACGACGACGACGUUGUGGGGUCUAACGAGGCCGCGGGAGGGGCCGAUGAGGGUGUAGCAGCCUCCUCAUCCUCAUCCUCUCGGCGGAAACCCACCACCUCGGAAGGAGGCGAAAGCGAAAACGAUAGCCCUUCCUCCUCCUGCUCCUCCUGCUCCUCCUCGCGGCGCCCUCCGCUGGUGCUGGGCAGUCCCGAUGGCUGCUGGCAAUGGAGCUGGAGCGCGCCGCCCGCCCCCGCGCUGCUGCGGCCGCCGCGCCCCGCCGGCAUCCGCAACAGCGGCAACAGCUGCUACACGGCGGUGGCGGUGCAGGCGCUGCUGGCCACCCCGGGGCUGGGCGAGUACCUGCGCAGUGGGGCGCACAGGGCGGAGUGCAGGGCGCCGGAGAGGGGGCAGGCGCCCAAGGGGGUCAGCAGCUGGUGUCCCGCAUGCGAGCUCUCCAACCUUGCGGCCGCGGCGGCCCUCACCGCCACCGCCUCCCAGCACCCAGACGAAGACGGACCAGGGCGACCCUCCUCAGCAGCAGCAGCGACCCAUGGGUCAGGCGGCUCCUGGGCGGCUCGCACGGCCGGAACCGCUAACGGGCCUGGCGGCGCUGCCUCCCCCGCAGUGGAUGCGCGCGGACUGACCCGGCAGGUGCACCGGCUGGGCAGGACGCUGGUGCCGGGUAGGCAGGAGGACGCUCACGAGCUGCUGACCAAGCUGCUGGAGGCGCUCGCGGAGGUGGCCCUAGCGGAGGCGGGCGGCAGGGGGCUGCGCAGGGCGCUGGCGGCGGCAAAACACAAGGCACAGC